AUGCCCGGGGUCCCGUCAGGGCGAGCUUGCGAGCAAUGUCGGAAGCAGAAAAAGAAGUGUGAUGAGACAAAACCGACAUGUGGGAGAUGUAGUCGACUUGGAAUUUUGUGCAUUGGCUCUGGCGAGCGAAGGUUCAAGUUUAAGAGCGAGUUCGCGGGUCGUGAGCUUUCAAAGUCUUCAUCCGCUAGUCCUUCCAAACGUUCUCCACCAUUGGAGGUUCGAGGUUCACCAAGCAGUGAUUUCACCAUUUUUGUGGGUAGUGUCAUUGAUAGAGUUCAUAUCACAUCGCAAUCGGACCUCCGAUAUAAUCUGACCUGGGCUUUUGGAGGCUAUCUCCUUGAAGUACCAAGACGCCUUGGUGCCAAUGCAGCUUUGGAUGCUGCAGCAGAUGCGUUGGUUACGUGUCACCUUCGCUUCAAUAGUGGCGUAAGGGAGACCUCGAGGGAAGAACUAAUCAAAUACACAUAUGCACUGGGUCAGCUAAGGGUUAUCUUGGAUGAUCCGACCAUAGCCGCCAGUUCAAACACACUCUGCGCUGUAAUGCUACUGACGUUAUGCCAGUAUUUCAUUGGCUUGAGUGGGAGCUCCUUCACAAGCCACUCGGAUGGUGCAGCACAGAUACUGAAAGCUAGGGGUGGUCGAUAUGAUGAAGAAGAUAACUUCGAGACCAUGAUGCUUCUUUCAUUAAGGGGUCCCAUUCUUUUUGAAGGCCUUCUUCAUGGAAGACACCGUUUUAGCCAUGAUGAGUGGGACCAUCUGAUAAUGAACAGACUCGAGGACAUGACCGACGUUGGUAAGGGGCUUAUUUGUCUGGCACGAGUUCCAGACAUCGCAGAGCGUCGCCGGUUCGCGGUCACCAAUGGAGAUGUGAACGCGUUUUCCGUUUUGCGCAAGGAAGCAGCAGAGAUCUAUGAAACAGCGGUCACUAUUCUCACAAAGUUCCGGGUUCUCUAUCUGGAUGCUGCAUCCAAGGCAACCACGACCAGUACCUCUGUCGCGAAAGACAGAUCGGCAUUCAUUCCACGUGACUGGGUCCUAUAUGCAAACUUCCAAAGAAUUUAUGGCCUAAGCCUCUUCUCUGCUUGUUUUCUAAACUGUCUCCUUCGUUCUUUCAGUUCUGACGAAGAGGAUGUGGGCCUACAAGAAGAAGUCGACAAAUUUACGGUCGAGAUCAUCACUCUGGCAUAUGAUUCAGAGGUAUUUAGGCCUCUCGGCUCGUCAUAUAUGGUACUGUGCCUCUUCAUUGCAUGGAUCAGUAGCCCUGACCCACAGACAAGAUCACACAUCAACAAAUUAUGGAAAAUCUGGCAUACUGAUGUACCAAGCAUCAGCUCGUCAAUUAACCAAUUAGAGCACAUUCCCAUGGGCUCUACUCUUGCAGAUGUCUUGGACGGGGUUGCCACCAAGUGGAAAGCACUGACGAUGGAGGAGACAGAGUCAGAUCCUCCACCUCUUUCCCCAGAUACAUGA